UCAGCAAUGGAUUUCCAUCUGGGCUCUCUGACCUGGUCAGCAGCAGAAAGGGAGAGAGAAACAAGGCGAGAAAAACAACAGACCCUUUCUCUUCCCUCCGCCUGCGGCUCGAAGCUCGGGAGCGCUUGUGCCUCUCUGGACAAGACUUCAAGCAACUCUGACAGAUGAAAGCGCGGUUGGACCAACUAGAGACUCAGGAGGCAAAAAGUCAGGAUUACAAGAGUCCAAGAAUGGAAUGAGAUAUUUGCCAAGGCUGUAGGAAAAAAAGAGGCCACAGAGUUGUAAAGAAGCAGGAGAGUUGGGGAUACUGAAGGAAAAACAGGGCUUAGAGAAACCAGAGUCCCAUAUCAAGUAAGAAGCAGAGCUGGGAUUCAACCCUAGUCUGUGAUCUCUCCAUGUGGAGUCCCGGCCUUUACAUGUUGUACUGGGAAAUGAAGCCUGUGACUUAGACUCCAUGGUGUCUGCUCUUGCCCUGGCUUUCUACCUAACAAAAACAACUGAAGCAGAAGAAAUCUUCAUACCAGUUUUAAAUAUAAAACGUUCUGAACUUCCUCUACGAGGUGACAACGUCUUCUUCCUUCAAAAGAUUCAGAUUCCAGAGACAGUGUUGAUUUUUCGGGAUGAGAUUGACCUCCACGCAUUACACCAGGCUGGCCAACUCACGCUUAUCCUUGUUGACCAUCAUGUCUUGCCCAAAAGUGAUGCAGCUCUGGAAGAGGCAGUGGCAGAGGUGCUGGACCAUCGACCAAUUGAGCAGAAAUCCUGCCCUCCCUGUCAUGUUUCAGUUGAGCUGGUAGGGUCCUGUGCUACCCUGGUGGCAGAGAGAAUCCUGCAGGAGGCACCAGAGAUCUUGGACAGACAAACUGCAGCCCUUCUGCAUGGAACCAUCAUCCUGGACUGUGUCAACAUGGACCCCAAAAUUGGAAAGGCAACCCUAAAGGACAGCAAAUAUGUGGAGAAACUGGAGGCCCUCUUCCCAGAUCUGCCUGAGAGAAAUGACAUCUUUGAUUCUCUACAAAAGGCAAAGUUUGAUGUAUCGGGUAUGAAGUGCCAAGCUGAAUUCCCCCUUCUCCCACAUUCUAAAGCAGGACUGACCACUGAGCAGAUGCUGAGAAAAGACCAGAAGACCAUCUACAGACAAGGCACCAAGGUGGCUAUCAGUGCAGUAUACAUGGAUCUGGAGGCUUUUCUGCAGCGUUCAGACCUCAUUGCAGAUCUCAGUACUUUCUGCCAGACUCACAGCUAUGAUGCUGUGAUCGCUAUGACUAUCUUUUUCAACUCUCACAGUGAGCCAGUGCGGCAAUUGGCUAUUUUCUGUCCCCAUGUGGCACUUCAAAUGACAAUCUGUGGAGUCCUAGAACAAUCCACCUCCCCACCCUUGAAGCUGACUCCUGUUCCAAGCAUCCACCCUAACCUCCAAACCUAUCUUCAAGGCAACACCCAGGUCUCUCGAAAGAAACUUCUGCCCUUACUCCAGGAAGCCUUGUCAGCUUACUUUGACUCCAUGAAGAUCCCUUCAGGGCAGCCUGAGAUAGCAGGGGCAUCCAGGGAACAGGUGGACAGGGAAUUGGACAGGGCAGGUAACUCCCUGAUUUCUGGAUUGAGUCAAGAUGAUGAAGACCCUCCACUGCCCCCAACGCCCAUGAACAGCUUGGUGGACGAGUGCCCUCUGGAUCAGGGGCUACCUAAGCUCUCAGCCGAGGCCAUCUUUGAGAAGUGCAGUCAGAUCUCACUGUCCCAAUCUACCACAGCCUACCCGUCAAAUAAAUGACAAUUGGGAGGGGAGGGAAGAGUGGAGAAGGUGGCUUGGCCCACCUCAGAUGCAUGUAUUGAGAUGUUUGACAAUGUCAGCAGCUGUGUCUCCGUUGCUCCAGGAUCUGGUGUACCGUUUUCAUAACACUGGGAGGAGAAAGGAAGUAAAGAAAGCAGCUGCUUAAGAAUGGCUUUCUGCCUUUUCUCUCCAGUCUUCAGACCAGUUUUAUUAUUUAAUUUUAUUAUUUAAAUCUGCACUGAUUUUCCUCGGUUGAGUUUGCCAUGGGUACAGUGUGAUAUACCCACUGUCCAAGCACAAUAAGACUGAAGAAUGUAGACCCCAUCUAAGUAUCUUCAGUAGUGGUCUUGAACAGAGCCAGUGUCUGUCCUGGAAUUAACGUUCAUCGCUUGUCUUCAUGAAUUGAGUUUUUCACUUUUUUAAAGUUUUUUGAGACAAAGACUCAUGUAGCCCUGGUUGGCCUCAAACUCUGUAUGUAACUAAGGCUGGCCUUGAACUCCUAAUGCUCUGGGGUGCUGGAUUAUAGGCCCGUGCUACCAUACCGAGCUAGCCUCUGUCUUGAACAGGUGGUCUUGCCUCCUGUUUCUUUGGUUCCUUCUGUCCCAAAAUCACAGGAAGCCUGAAACUGAGGACCUGUGAUUUUUGAGAGUUCAUGUGGCACCCAGGCAGGCUAUAAAGUCUCAUCGGCAUUUUAGCCGAGAUAGUAGAACUGGAAUGAGAGCCCUGGAUGUGUCCCCUGCGUUAGUCGGCCUGGCAGUUUCUGCCUGUCUCUUUCUGGUUUUGUUCACAUUAAAAGAAAGUAUGGAAUUCUAAUACUGCCAUAAAUUGUCUUGGCAAGACAUUUCAUUACUCUAGGUCUCAUUUCCUCCCCCUGCAAAUCAGGGUUAGGACUAGCUGUUCCCUGGUUUUCUGUGGAGGGCAUCUUGCUGCCAUACUUUCUCUCCUCUGAUUCUAUCUUCUUUCUGUCUUCCCUGGGAAUGCUCAGGGUCACUGGUUUGUCUAUAUUUAUGUGUGGUUGUACGAAGGGACUUAGCGUCAUGGAGCAUGUACAGGAGUGGAAUGGUGACCCAGCAGCUCCCCCCUCCCACCGACUUGUUCUGCAUGUGCGGUCUCCUUUUUCUCUCCAGACCAAGCUGUUCCACUAUUCUUACCCUAUGGAAGCUGCCAACAGUGUAACUGUAGGGUGUGCGGUGGUUUGAGGACGGCAUCUGGUGUGAGGGGGACAAUCUGACUUCCCUUUAAGCAUAUGUCUGUAGCCGUUUAGAAUGUGAAAAUAGUGGUGUGCUCACUGAACCAAAGGAAUUUAUGUUUUGUAACUUUGGUACUUUAUUUUGCAUUUUGUUAAGUAUUAAAUACUUUUU